GGAGACAAGGCCAAACACGUGAGCGCCCGCUCUCCCGGCAGGGGGGGGGCCCUCAGUCCUUCACUCUUGCUGCAAGUGAGGGCAAAGUCUGAACCCCUGAGUCUCUGACCAGCUGGGGCUGGUGUAGCCACUGCCCCAUCAAGCCUUCUGCGGCCUCUAAGUGCCUUGAAGGAAUGCCAUCAGGUCCAUGGCCCUUAUAACUACUGCUGCAUCUGGAAUCGUCAAACACCUCACCCACUGCAACCACUAAUGGUGCGUGAGCAGUACGCCACAGCCACUGAAGGCACCCACAUACAGAGGCCGGAGAACCAGUGUGUCUACAAAAUUGGCAUUUAUGGCUGGAGGAAACGUUGCCUCUACUUAUUUGUUCUCCUUUUACUCAUCAUCCUCCUUGUGAAUCUGGCUCUUACAAUUUGGAUUCUUAAAGUGAUGUGGUUUUCCCCAACAGGAAUGGGUCACUUGCGUGUUACGAAAGAUGGACUCUGCCUUGAAGGGGAAUCGGAAUUCUUAUUCCCGCUGUAUGCCAAAGAAAUACACUCCAGAGUGGACUCCUCCCUGCUUCUGCAGUCAACUCAGAAUGUGACAGUCAACGCACGCAACUCUGCAGGAGAGGUCACAGGCAGGUUAAAAGUGGGUCCCAAAAUGGUAGAGGUCCAGAGUCAGCAGUUUCAGAUCAACUCCAUGGAUGGCAAGCCACUGUUUACUGUGGAUGAAAAGGAAGUUGUGGUUGGUACAGAAAAACUCCGAGUAACGGGGCCCGAAGGCGCUCUUUUUGAACAUUCAGUGGAGACCCCACUCGUAAGAGCCGACCCAUUUCAGGACCUGAGAUUAGAAUCUCCCACACGGAGUCUAAGCAUGGAUGCCCCAAAAGGUGUUCAUAUUAAAGCUCAUGCUGGGAAAAUCGAGGCCCUUUCUCAAAUGGAUAUCGUUUUGCAAAGUGGUGAUGGAAUGGUUGUGCUUGAUGCUGAAACCGUGUGUUUACCCAAGUUGGUUCAGGGGACUCGGGGCUCUCCCGGCAGCUCUCAAGAACUCUAUGAAAUUUGCGUGUGUCCAGAUGGGAAGCUCUACCUGUCCGUGGCCGGCAUGGGUACCACGUGCCACGAAAACAGCCACGUCUGUCUCUAAACCACCUGCGUCUUCUACAGAACACCUGCAUCACGUCAGUGAGCUUACCGUACCAACCUCAAGCCUUCACACUAAGUGACUUGACAUUCUAUAAAACCAAGAUGGUGGAUGGGAAGUUGGAGGACAGAAAAGUGUGCCAAUGAACGUGUUGUGAUGAAACUAUACGGUCUCAGAAUGGUCUGUUCUUCUUAGACACAGAAGUCUAGCCAGAGCAAAACAAGAAAUGUUUAUUCCACUACAUUUAUGUUCCAUCAGAACCCUUGUGACUUUUCUUUCUUGUAGAUAAUCUACAAUGAAAUACUGAAUUGCUGUUAAUUUAUGCUGUUUAGUGGUGAAUAUCUAAUUCCCCAUGGAGGCAGCAUUGGUCUACAUGCCCCCAGAAGUCAAUGUGGUGUUCCCAUGACAUCACUCAAACCCACACUCUUAAGGCAAAGUGUAUCAGGUCUCACAAGAAAAUCUUCAGGUUUUGAGGGGACUUAGGUCGAUCUGAUUUUCAACAUGUAGUCAAAGGAAUAAACUACACAAAAUUAAUCAUGUUUUCUUUAUAUCUAUAGUCAAUAAGCAAUAAAAAUCAGCCUACAUUUUCACAAA